AUGCCUUGGUUCAACUGCGACUCGUGCGGGGACACGGUGAAGAAGCCGAAGAUCGAUGCGCACGCGCGGUCGUGCGCCGCCGAGAGCUUCACGUGCAUCGAUUGCUCGUGCACGUUCGAUUACCGCGGCGUCAAGGCGCACGUGUCGUGCGUGACGGAACACGAGAAGUAUGCGCUCGCGGCGACGAAGCCGGGGGGGGCGGGUGCGCGGGUGAACGCGGCGAGGGGCGGCGGCGGCGGCGGCGGCGGGACGGGCGCGGAGGCGUUCGGGGAGGAGUUCCUGGCGACGGGCCCGCCGUGGAAGUGCGCGUGCUGCAACGUGACGUGUACGAGUCAGGAAACGUUGUUAGGGCACGCGGCAGGGAAGAAGCACAAGAGUAAGGCGAGGGGGGCGAGGGCGAGGGCGGGUGGCGGCGACGGCUCGGCGGGCGACGGCUCGGCGGGCGACGCGAAGGAGGAAGACGAAGACACGGCAAAGCCCGAGUCGGAACAGAAGAAGGAGAAGAAGGAGAAGAAGGAGAAGAAGGAGAAGAAGGAGAAGAAAGAGAAGAAGGAGAAGAAGGAGAAGAAAGAGAAGAGGAAGUCUUCUGCGGACGACUCAUCCAAGUCAAAGAAGUUGAAGAAGUAG